AUGAGACGUCGACUACUACACCCCCUGUCGCAAAGAAAACAGUUUCAGAAGACGCCAGUCUGAAGUGCAUCAUUUUUUUGUGCAUGCAUUCGUUUGUAAGUUCCUGUCUUAAACCAGGAUUGAAGACACCGUUUGGACAUGUCAGCGCCUCUGUCUUUUGAUGGGAAGGUCGUGCUAGUCACCGGAGCUGGUGGAGGGCUUGGCCGGGAGUAUGCUUUGGCUUUUGCAGAAAGAGGAGCCGCUGUAGUAGUGAAUGACCUUGGAGGAGAUAUCAAGGGAGGAGGGAAAAGUUCGGCAGCGGCUGAUAAAGUUGUGGAGGAGAUCAAGGCCAAGGGCGGGAAGGCCGUGGCCAACUAUGAUUCCGUGGAGGAGGGAGAGAAGUUGAUUCAGUCAGCGCUGGAGGCUUUUGGCCGAAUAGAUGUGGUCAUAAACAAUGCAGGGAUUCUCCGAGAUAGAUCAUUUGGGAGAACCAGUGACUUGGAUUGGGACCUUAUCCACAGAGUCCACCUCAGAGGCUCAUUCCAAGUCACGCGGGCUGCAUGGGACCAUAUGAAGAAGCAGAAGUUUGGCAGAAUUAUCAUGACGUCCUCGGCUGCGGGCAUCUACGGUAACUUUGGCCAGGCCAACUACAGCGCGGCCAAGCUGGGUAUGCUGGGCCUGGCCAACACGCUGGCCAUCGAGGGCCACAAGUACAACAUCCACUGCAACACCAUCGCCCCCACCGCAGGCUCCCGACUCACCGAGACAGUCAUGCCUCCAGAUCUGGUGGCAUCUUUGAAGGCGGAGUAUGUGGCACCCCUCGUCAUGUGGUUGUGUCACAGUGACUGCCAAGAGAACGGAGGCUUGUUUGAGGUGGGAGCUGGCUGGAUUGGCAAAUUGCGGUGGGAGCGUACCCAGGGCGUCAUCCUGCGGCGUGCCACCCAAGUCAUGAGUCCAGAGUCGGUGCGUGACAAGUGGGAGGAGAUCUGCGACUUCACCGAUGCCACCAAACCUGCCAACAUCCAGGAAUCUCUGCAGACCUUAGUCGACGUCCUUUCCAGGGUGGAGUCAGACACCCGUGAACCGAGUCCUAUGGAUGCAAUAGGGCAGAAGCUUCCGGAAAUGACCUUCAGCUACUCCCACAUCGAGUGCAUUCUGUACGCUCUGGGUGUGGGCAUGUCCACCAAAGAGCCCGACCACCUCAAGUUCCUGUACGAGAACCACGCCGACUUCAGCGUGCUGCCCUCCUUCGCCGUCAUCCCCGCCCAGGCCUCCAUGAUGAGUGGAGAACUCGCCUCCGUGCCGGGCUUCAAUUUUGACAUGACCAGGCUGCUGCACGGGGAGCAGUACCUGGAGGUUUUCAAACCGCUCCCAGCCUCAGGAACACUCACCUCGCGGGCGUCGAUUGCUGAUGUUCUGGAUAAAGGAUCGGGCGCUGUCGUCUUGUUGGAUGUGCACACGUACAGAGAGGAGGAGCUGCUGUGCUAUAACCAGUUUUCACUCUUCAUCGUGGGAGCCGGGGGCUUCGGGGGACGGAGAACAUCCGACAAAGCAAAGAGCACUGUUGAUGCACCAAGCAGAACUCCAGAUGCGGUGGUGACUGAUGAAACCUCCAGCAAUCAGGCAGCCCUCUACAGGCUAAGUGGCGACUGGAACCCUCUCCACAUUGACCCAGACUUCGCAGCCAUGGGAGGAUUCAAAGCACCUAUUCUGCAUGGCCUCUGUUCCUUUGGCUUUGCGGCUCGACACGUCCUAAAACAUUUUGCUGACAACGACGUCUCCAGAUUCAAGGCCAUCAAGGUCCGCUUUGUCAAACCCGUCCUUCCAGGCCAGAGCCUACAGACGGAGAUGUGGAAAGAAGGCGACAGGAUCCACCUGCAGUGCAAGGUGAAGGAAACGGGAGCCGUGGUGUUGGCCGGGGCAUAUGUGGAUCUGCAUGGAGCUGCAGAGGUCGCUCCAGGCACUGCACCUGUUGAGGCUGAGGAGCUUCAGAGUGACUUGGUUUUUGCUGAAAUUGGCCGUCGCCUGGAAACCAUGGGGGCCGAGCUCGUCAAGAAGGUCAAGGCUGUGUUUCUCUGGGAGAUCACCAAGGAAGGACAGACCGUUUCACAGUGGGCCAUCGACCUGAAGUCACCGCCAGGAGCAUUGGUGAAGGGCCCUUACAGUGGCAAAGCUGACGUCACCAUCACCAUCUCAGACCAGGACUUCAUGGAGGUGGUACAGGGAAAAAUCAACCCACAGAAGGCGUUCUUCGAAGGGAAGCUGAAGAUGAAAGGCAACAUCAUGCUGAGCCAGAAGCUGGACAGCUUACUGAAGGACCACGCUAAACUCUGAUGAAUGAAUGAAUGAAUGAAUGCCUGUGGAUUGACACCAGGCUUGUACGAAAUUCCGAAUGGAAAGAAUUUCAAUUCAAAAUAAUGCCAUAAUACGAACACUAGGUGGUGCAAUUACCUUGAAUUUCUUUGAAUUUAAUCUACACCACCCAUUGAAAGUACAUAGAACACCACUACCUAGUGUUCGUAUUAUAACAUUACUUUAAAAUUAAAUUCUUUCCAUUCGGAAUUUCGUACAAGCCUGAUGGACACACACACCCAUCAUCUUGCUGCUCCUGACUGGAAGGAGGGAGUCAGUCAGCAGUGUCAAUACAUCUUCAAGUUGUGGAGUUUCUGAACGCUGUGAUAUCUGUGAUUAUCAAACGAGAUUCAAAAAAAUGAUCUGUUUAGAGUACGAGGGAAGACGCGAUUGUUAACAUAGACUACCGUAGUUGGGGUGCAGGUUCUGCAGACGACAGUCAUCGUCGGAAUACCUUCAAUGGCACCACAUGAGAAAAGAGAAUAACUCAGCAGUGCCAGUGCUUGACACAAUAAUUAAUGUCCAAAAUGUUCAUGUGGUCAAUGUAUUGUGUGCUACAUAGGAUGCAGAACUGAAGAACUUGUUGAAAGUGUAAAGAAAUUCAUUUCAUACUGCACUAUGUAGGAAACAGUUGAAUGUUUGGGAUGUUUCACUGAGAAAAAAGGUGAGGACUGAGCACUACCAAUCCAAAGCAAAGCAGCACCAAUCACUACUUUACUAGUGUAUAUCAAUGAAAUGAAAUCAGUGCCCUUCAGUUAAAUCAGUCGUCUGUGUCCAUUUAGCUGAGUCAUAAAUAAAGACCGAGCCAUACUAUUAACUAUUACUACUCAUAAUACAGUGCCUUUUCACAUUUGCAUUAACUUCUUUUAAGUCAUUCAACACAUCAUAAUUGCCUUUGUUUCAAUAUUUCAAAAGGAAAGUAAUUGCAUUGUGUGUGAGGUGAUUAUUUGUAAAUGAUAACGGUUUAGUGCCGUAGAGAAUGAGUGUCAUAGUAUGAGAGGUUUUUCUUUCUGUAAUAUUUCCUUUAACGAAGUAGCAAAAUGUCCACUGCAUCUUCUAUAAGAAGUUUGUAUAGCUGUCUAUUACCUUCUUGUUCAAUUCAGUUUGUUUAAUACAUGCUAGCUUUUUGUACAUUGAUUAAAAAUGGGAAUUAAUGUGAAUAUUUAAUGCCAUAAUAUUACAAUACUGACAUGAAUCUGGCAAGGGAUUCUGUUAAAAAAUAAACCACAUUUUUAAACCAUG